GCGAUGUGGUUUUCGAUUCCAAACUUGAGACUUCAAAAAAAUUCAGAUUGCGUUUGGCAUUUUUGACGUGACAAGGCAGUGUUUUGGAUGAAGGACAUGAGAAGGAAAAGGCGUCCUAUUUUGGCUAUAAAAAGGGCAACCUGCGGCCGCCCAAGUCCAUGAUUCUUCACUUUACAUCUUUUACAACUUAAACUACCUACUAUCAACCAUGUCUGGCCGCGGAAAGGGAGGAAAGGGACUCGGAAAGGGAGGCGCCAAGCGUCACCGCAAGAUUCUUCGCGAUAACAUCCAGGGCAUCACCAAGCCGGCCAUCCGCCGUCUGGCGCGCCGUGGUGGUGUCAAGCGUAUCUCGGGCCUCAUCUACGAGGAGACCCGCGGUGUGCUCAAGGUGUUCCUUGAGAACGUCAUCCGCGACGCCGUCACCUACACCGAGCACGCCAAGCGCAAGACCGUCACCUCGCUGGACGUCGUCUACGCGCUCAAGCGCCAGGGCCGUACCCUCUAUGGCUUCGGCGGCUAA